AUGGCUGCUGUGGUGCCAGAACAAUGCUUCCAUCUUCGAUCGAUCAGCAUGCCAUCCAGAUCCCACCCCCUAGCCCUCCAAGUUGAAGAAGAGCUGCACAAGCUAAAGACUUGUGUAGCUUCAUCCUCUUCAACAAGCCAGAUGAUUGGAAAUGCAUUGAGAGGGCUUGGAGAUUUGUACAACAGCAUUGAGGAGCUUCUUCACCUGCCACACAACCAGCAAGCCCUCUCCCAUCUCCCACAGAAGAGAUGGUUGGAAGAGGAACUGGAUGGGUCUGUGAGGUUGUUGGACUUGUGUGGUGCCACAAGGGACAGCCUGAUUACCAUGAAAGAACACAUCCAAGACCUUCACUUGGCUCUUCGAAGGGGAGGAGAUGCAGCUAUCCAAAGCAAGAUGUAUGCUUACAUCCACUUUGGUAAGAAGGCACAGAAGGAUCUUAAGAAUUGCCUGAGAUCAUUGAAGCAAACUGAUAAUAGAUCUGUGUCUCCUUCGGCAGUCAACAUGGAUUCUGAGCUACUGAUGGUGGUUCGGGUAUUGACAGAAGCAAAGGAGAUCAACAUUUUUCUACUGAAAUCUAUCUUAUCUAAUUUGUUCAUGGCAAGGUCGAGACCAAAGGCUAGCAUGUGGUCUUUUAUUUCAAAGGCUUUGCAGAAGAAGAAAGUUGAUUGCGAGGAGCAUGAAAAUACAAGUCACUUAGAGGCAUUGGAAGUCACCAUUGGAGAUCUGGAGACUGGAUUAGAAUGUCUGUUUAGGCGACUAGUCCAAAAUAGAGUCUCCCUUCUCAACAUCCUCAGCCUAUAA